AGAGAAGGGGGGGCUCGCGGCAGUAGGUGAGAGCGCAGCGUCUCCUCCUCGCUGCUUUCAAGACGCAGAGCGGCGGAGUAGCGGAGCGGAGCGGAGCCAUGGGAAAGCUUCAAGAAUUUGAUAUUACUUUUACCAACAACAAGGUGGUUUACGGCCCGGGGGAGUCCAUAAGCGGAACUGUGAAAAUACGAACCGGCAACGCGCUGCAGUACAAAGCCAUCAAGGUGAACUGUCAGGGCUCAUGUGGGAUAUCCAACAAAGCGAACGACAGCUCGUGGACUCUGGAGGAGCAGUACUUCAACAGCACAUUGUCUGUUGCUGACAAAGGAACUCUGGUACCGGGCGAACACAGUUUCCCUUUCCAGUUUCUCAUUCCAGUUGCUGCCCCGACUUCCUUUGAGGGACCAUUUGGAAAGAUUAUUUACCGCGUGAGAGCGGCCAUCGACACGCCCCGCUUCUCUAAGGACUACAAAGCUCAUAGGCCCUUCUACCUACUCAACCUGCUCAACCUCAAUGAGGUGCCGGACAUUGAACAUCCGAGUCACGCUGUGACCACUAAGAAGUUCAGCUACCUCCUGGUGAAGACAGGGACCCUGAUGUUGAAAGCACGCAGUGACAUGAGGGGUUACAUCCCCGGUCAGGUCAUCAAGUUGGCCACUGAGAUCCACAACAAGUCUGGGAAGGACACUGGAUGUGUACUGGCCAGUCUCAUACAGAAAGUGACCUAUAAGACCAAGCGGCCUAUGUUUGACCUGCGCACCAUCGCAGAGGUGGAGGGAGCCGGAGUGAAAGCAGGAAAACACGCAGAGUGGAAAGAGCAGAUCAUCGUCCCUCCUCUUCCUCAGUCAGCGCUGGCCGGCUGCAGCUUCAUAGACAUUGACUAUUUCAUUCAGGUCUCACUAAGAUCUCCCGAGGCAGUCGUCACUCUGCCCAUCUACAUUGGGAACAUUGCUGUGAACUUGUCUCCUUCGAGACCCAUGCCCUCCACUCCCAUCCACUGCGGCGCGACCAUCGCACCCAGCGCGGCAGGCGUGACACCCAGCGCCCCACCAGUGGAGGAGGAGCUAGAUGAGGGGCUGUGUGCAGGAGGCAUGGUCAGUGAGGAGAUUCCUACCAAGAGUCACUCUCAGCAGGAUCCCUCAGGUCAGCCAGUGACCAUGUCCCCCAGCGCCUUCAGCCACGCUCCCGGCGCAGCCCUCCCUCCGGGCCACAGACGGCCUAACGCGUCCGCUCCCCUGUUCUGUGUGUCCACCGGGGCCACCAUACCUUUCUUCACUGAGGGAAACGUGACUCCUGUCCCCACUUCCUGUUCUCUCAUCCUCCCCCCAGAAUACAGCAGCUGGGACUACCCUCACGAGCCCCCACCCACUUACGAGGAAAGCUGCAGUAGCGCCAACUCCAGUUUCAACAGUAGACAGUAAAGAAGAAGCAGGUGAUGAAGCAUCAUGGCCUCGCCCACCCACACCUGUCUGCACUCGCCUCUUGACAGGAAAUCAGGACACAGACGCUGGGUUACAAAGGAUGGACCACGGAUCCACCCUUGAACACCCCAAAGAUUGUUUCUUUGUCCUCUAAUGAGUAAAAAAAGGGAUCAUAUCUUAUAUUGAAUAUAAGUUUUAAUUUCACCUCAUGUCCCAGCAGGUAGUGUCAGACAGAACGGGUGAACAUCACUGUGCCUAAAAGAAGUAUUUUGGAUCAGCAUACAGCAUUUAGAAUAUUUAGUGAUUGGACAUGUUUCUGUCACGGGGCAGGGUAAAAUCAUGGUUUGUCAGUGAAUUUUUGCAUCUGUGAUGCCUUGAGAAUGAUUUCGGCCUACUGAAGGCUUGUGUUUGACAAGAUCAAACGUUGGCCUUUUUCAGAGUCUUGUUCCAAUUUUGCACUUGUUAUUUUUGUCCACUGGUGUCUGUUUAUGUCUCAGUUGUCCCCUUCAUUAACAGGACAGAGCUGUCUUCAUGCUGGAUAUUGAAAGGAGACCUUGUUGCCAGAGGUUGUGGCUUGUCUGUAAACUAGUUAAAACCCGUGUGUAGGAUUUCUCUUACUAAACUAAUCCAGUCAAAAAUCUGUGAAUUUUUAAAAGUAGUUUUUGUUGACAUCAAUCAACCAUUUGGAAUAUUUAAAUUUUCAUGUUUAAAAAUAUUUUGUUUCCAAACAUGAUCCUUUAUGUUGAGAAAAUGUCGGUCAAUGCACAGAAGAGCACUGACCUGCUCUGUUCAUUGGAAGUGAUAAGUGAUCAUCUCUGUACCACCACGCUGUGUUAUAUAAAUGAGAGGUUUUGCUUUGACAUCAGUUUUGUAUUCAGAGGACAAUGUAUCUGCAGAUGAAACUCAUUUUUCCUGCAGCUGGAUAUAAGGACUGCAGCACUGAUGCAGUCUUCCUCUGCCCUCCGGUGGUCAUCACUGGUACAAGCAUUACCUCAGCUUGUCAUGAAACUGGAGCUUAACAUAGUCAGCCCUGCAAAGUGAAACACUUCACUCCCUACUUGUGUUGUUGAUCAGAACUGACUGAGAUACGUGUUGUAUUGAGAUGUGAUGGAUAUGAUGAUAUGUUUUACAUCAUCUUCAGUCUAAAUAAGAUUGUGGGUUGUUCUCCUGUUUGUUGCCUUAAUUUUCUUUUAGUGUUACAUUAGUGAGCGUACUCUGUAAUUUCAGUCGGUGCAGAUGAUAAACAUACAUCUGCACUUUUUACAGCUCGAGUGCAUCAGUUUCUGAGUGCACUGUGUGUGUGUGUCUGUGUGAACAAGAUGAUAAGUUCCCCUUAGGUCUAUUUUUACUCCAACUUUGUUUAUGAUUCAGCAUCUGUGUUGUCUGUUAGAGACAUUUUUGACAUUUUUCUUUCCCUGUGUAGGAUUGGGUGAUAAUUCAACAUUAUUAAGUUUCAGGGUAAUCAUAUUGUGAUCUGAUGUUCUUACGUUAACAUUCCCCAAAUUUCUCUUGUCCAAAUUAAUUAAUGUGACUUAAUGUCACUGCCAAUCUUAAGCACAACUGCUGUAUUGAGUUUUUCUGACUAUUGAUGUUUGUCUUAUUUUAUUCAUGUUUCAGUACAAUCUCAAUAGUCCAUUCUGUGAAUUUAGAACAGUGCUGGCUCCUGACUGCAGAUCAUAUUGCCACGUGUUUUUUUUUUUUUUUAAUUCUUAAAUUAUUUUGUGAGACACACCAGCUCUAAAAUUUCUACAGACAAACUGCUUUUACUGUUAAAACCUGACAGUCACCCAAACUAUGGUAUUCUGGCCCUACAUUAUUGUGAAUGCAUGCCUUAAACAAUCUGGACUCCAGCCACCCCUUCCAGAAGCUUUUGAUGGACUUUCUUCUUCUCUGUCAGGGUGGACAUCAGGAUGUGCUCGUGCGUGCAAUUCUUCCUGCUUUGUCUCCUGUGGACUGUGCUAAGUGCACUUGAUGUAUACAAAUGUAGCUUUUAAAAAAACAGCGAGGACACUGGACUUUUGUUUUUAUUCUUAUUUUAGAAAAUAUGUGCAAUUCCUCUCAUCUCCAAGAACGCUGCAGCAGCUGCAGCUCCUUGAAGUCACUUCAUGUUGCCUUUAUUGAUCCCGAUUUGUUGAUUUGAUUUCUUCACCACUAAAAGGUACUAUAGCUUUACGAAGCCCCACUUGUUCUGUGUUUUUUUUUUUCAUUCUUUCCCCCUCACAUAUUGAUGAGUGGUGUCUGGUUUUGUAUUUUUCUACUUGUAAACUGUUUACAGGUGCAGUAUGCAGAUAUUAAUAGUAGCACCUCAAUCAGUAAGUGUAAUAUUUCAACUUGCAGUGCAGAAUCAAAGUUGUACUGUACAGUAUAACAAUAAAAUUAUAUGACAUGUU